AUGUGUCUUGUAGAUCCGACAGCGUCAUCAGACCAUCUGCACCAAGUCAUGUCGCAAGAACAUCUCGUGAGCAUGGCAGACCCGAGCUGGGACGACAUGAGUACUGUCAACAGGUGGCUCACCUGGGCAUUCUCUCCGGCCAUAUCGGCCAUCUUGGUGACGCUUGUGGUGUCACUGCUCAGUCCCAUCCUCAUCCACUGGUAUCUCUACAAGACAGCUGUCGCGAAAGAGCCGCCGAGCAUCAUACUACUGGGACCAAGUGGUGCUGGCAAGACCAGUCUCCUAACACUGUUCGCGAAUGGCACAACAUCGACAACCCACACCUCGCAAGAACCCCAAACAGCACUAUGCCGCCUGCCAGACUCAACACGAUCACGCGAAGACCGAUUCCGCUCCGAAAAUGACAACUCCUCCCCAUCACAGCCCACCUUCCACCUCGUUGACAACCCAGGCCAUGGAAAGCUACGACACCAUGCAACGACAUCAAUCCUCAGCAGGACUUCUGUGCGGGGUCUGCUCUUCGUUGUAGACAGUGCGGCAGUCAGCUCAACCGCGGGUCUCACCGAAGCAGCCGAGUAUCUCCACGACAUCCUACUUCUCCUACAAAAGCGGCACACCCAAGGCAAGACCAGCAAAGGACCCACAGCGAUCCCAGUCCUCGUAGCAGCGAAUAAGCAAGAUGUCUUCACGUCACUUCCGGCUGCACUGGUCAAGACGAAAUUAGAAGAGGAGAUCGCCAAGGUUAGGGCGAACAAGAGCAGAGGAUUGAUGGACAGUGGUGUGGCCAUGGACAACGAUGCUGAUGGAGACGACGAGAAGAACUGGCUGGGCGAAUACGGAAGUAAGGAGUUCAAGUUCACGCAGAUGGACGAGCACGGUGUGGAAGUCACAGUCGUGGGCGGGAACGUCAGAGGCAACGGCGACGAAUCCGGGAAGGUGGAAGAGUGGCGGGCGUGGAUUGGGGACAACCUAUAG